GGUUGUUUCUUAACAAUGUUUAGAAACAAGUGGAACGUCGACGGUGGUGGAUGUGCGUCGUCGCAUGAGAAAGUUUUAUUCGUGAAGUGAGUCGAGUGCUACCGAGGAGUUCGGUGCUAACACAUGGUUCGGCAAUUCGGCCACGGGAUGGAGACCACUUUCUACGACGAGCAGUACCCCCUGAGCGGCCCCGUGGAGAGUCUGAAGCGGUCGCUCACCCUGGACCUGGACUUCGGGCGCGGCAAGCGCGCGCGCGCCGCGCCCGUGCUGUCGUCGCCCGACCUGCAGCUGCUCAAGCUGGGCUCGCCCGAGCUGGAGAAGCUCAUCAUGCAGAACGGCAUGAUCACGUCGGCCACGCCCACGCCCGGCGGCGCCGCGCUGUUCCCCGCCGCCGCGCCCACGGAGGAGCAGGAGCUGUACGCGCGCCCCUUCGUGGAGGCGCUGGACAAGCUGCACCACGGCGAGCCCGCGCCGCCCGCGCGCCGCGUGUACGCCGACCUGGACCGGCCGCUGGAGCGCUACCCCACGCCCGUGGUGAAGGACGAGCCGCAGACCGUGCCCAGCGCCGCCAGCUCGCCGCCGCUGUCGCCCAUCGACAUGGACUCGCAGGAGCGCAUCAAGCUGGAGCGCAAGCGCCAGCGCAACCGCGUGGCCGCGUCCAAGUGCCGGCGCCGCAAGCUCGAGCGCAUCUCCAAGCUGGAGGACAAGGUCAAGCUGCUGAAGGGCGAGAACGUGGAGCUGGCGCAGAUGGUGGUGAAGCUCAAGGACCACGUGUCGCGGCUCAAGCAGCAGGUCAUCGAGCACGCCAACAGCGGCUGCCACAUCGACGCGCACUUCUGAGCGCCGCGCCGCCGCCCCCCACAUUCCAUGCUAGUCGCGCCCGCUGGACGCAGCAUACAAAGCGAUUUGUGAUCUUAAUUUUACCGUGUAAUAUAUAGUUAGCUUAGUGUUAAGGUGGACCGGUGAUUGUGAUGUGAGUCGAGUCGCUCGGCGGCCACGGAGCGAGUCGCGAGCCGUAAGUCGCAGUUAUGAUUUUCCUUGUAUCAGUAUUGCGUUGUCUCAUUUAGAAUAGUGUAGAAACUAGAAAGGAUAAUCGUGCAACGUCAUUCGAGUGCAGACUGAGCGAGGUUGAGGCGACGUUGCCAGUUUUACGGCGAAUUUCCCGUUCCAGCGAUGUUGCCAUAAACUCGAUUCUCAGUGUUUGGGAUUCGCAUUGUUCAUUUACUUGCACGGUGACCCCGAAGGACCAAAACUUACCAAUUUGUACUUUGGGACGAGAAACAUACAAAAUUUGGACAAGCGAGAGAGAAGAUGGCUCGUCAGGGCCCUUAAGUAAUCAGUGCGAAAGGGAUGCAAUUACGCGUUGAGCUGGCAACCGCGCAUCACACAAGUCACGAGCGGAUGUUCUGUUAAUUAAAAUUCCGCCUGCACCGCCCUCGCGGAAUGGCGGCCAUGUGUUCGGCAGUCGGACGUUCCGAAUCACGUUUUGUUACACAAGGUUAACUUUUUUUCAUUACGAUGAUGGCGCCUCGAUGCCUGAGGGAUUCGUUACGCUCGACGACUCACGUAGCUAGUGUGAAAGACUGAUAGUGUGUGAGACAGUGUGCCUUGUAGAAUGUUGCGAGACGUAUAUCCAACGAUGCUGUUUUGUAAAAUGUCUCAGAACUGACCCGGUGCUCUUUAAAGGUCUUUUAAAAAUGAGGCCGUCCGAUUAAAAAGUGUGAUGGACGAAUGGAAGCGAGUCUCUAGAGAGUGCAUGUGUGAAAACGGUUGAAUGUGCGAUGUAUUUAUUAGUGAGAAUGUAUUAAUUAUUUAGUAUCAAGUAGCAAUCUCGAGUGCCUACGCUUUGUAAGUGAAGCCUUUACCUGUUUUUAUUGUUUUUGUUACCAUUAAAUGCGCUACAGUAAAAUUGUUCUGUACCAUUGUCUUCUAUAGGUUAUAAGUAAUAAUAUACCAAUUAACAAGUUGAAUUGUUAUAGACUAUAUUGGGGGAACUUGCCGUUGGGAUCGUGAUUAUUGGCUUUGCAUUAAGAAUGAAUGAGUUUAAAAAUAUGUUAUGUACAGAUAUAGUAUAUUAUGUAGAGGAUGUGAACAGCAAGUGACCCUUUUUGUAUUAUUUUUAUACAAAAAUGAUUCUUCAGAAUGUUAACAAUAAUUUGUAAGUUUAUAAAGAUAAAACACAGUUAUACUAAAAUAAUAUAUUUUUAUCAAUUUAACAAAGAAUAUUGUUUUAUACUGAAUACGUAUUGUAUGAUAAAACAGAAUAAAGAGAAAAAUUAUGAAGAUUAUUAUACCA